CAUAAAAAAGCACUUUUGUCACCUGGAAAUUUCCAAGCCGUCGGCAGAAGAGCGGGCUUUUGGACCUCGGUUGCAUAAAUACAUGCUGGGUCCUCGUUCUUUCCACUGGAGUUUCCACAGUACCUUAGUAGGACGAUAUUCAAACACCAAACCUCAAAAUCGCUGUGUGCAACUGGAGAAUUGUUAAGUCGUGAGAUAUCAGACUGAUAAAGCGAAAGUCAGUGAUCAUGUCGCUUGCCGGAAUGCGCAAUCUGCUCUCUCAGUGGUUUCCUCCACAAUCAACCUACACCGAGCAACACGUCCCAUCUCAGAAAGGGAAAGUGUUCAUCGUCACGGGUGCCAACCAUGGCAUUGGAUUUGAGCUUGUCAAGAUUCUAUAUGCAACUGGGGCUAAAAUAUACAUGGCAUCGCGAUCUAAGGAACGUGCCGGGAAAGCGAUAGAGACCAUCACAACCGCCAGACCCGCACCUGAAACCCCUGGCACCAUAGUCUUCCUUCCCUUUGAUCUGAACGAUCUUGGAAGCGUCAAAACAGCCGCCGCCACCUUUGCGCAACAAGAGCCAAAGCUCCAUAUUCUCUGGAACAAUGCUGGUUCAGGCGCUUAUAGAAUUGAAGAAGGCGCCAAGACGAAGCAAGGCUUCGAGCCAAUGAUUGGCAUGCACUGCAUUGCUGCGCAGCUGUUCACGCACCUCCUCCUUCCUCAACUCCGAGCAGCCGCGGUAGAAGCACCAAGAGGCUCGGUGCGUGUUGUCUGGACUGCGAGUUUCAUGGCGGAACUGUCAACUGGCGAGAAUGGCGUCGACUUUGACCAUCUCGCAGAGGGCACGCCUGAUCGUGCGCUGAACUAUGCCGUCUCCAAGUUCGGCAACUGGCUUCUCGGCCGCGAGAUGGCUUGUCGCUAUGGUUCUGACAACAUUGUCAGCGUCAUCCAAAACCCUGGUAACUUAAAAGCGGGCGCCUAUGACGGUGUCCCGGCGUUUUCAAUGCUCUUUAUCACUCCCUUCCUGUACGAAACCAAAUUCGGCGCGUACACUGAGCUGUACGCAGGCCUAUCCCCCGAUAUCUCGCUCGACAACAAUGGCGCGUACGUAAUUCCCUGGGGACGCAUUCGCGUUGAGGAGGAUAUUCCAAGGAAGGAUAUCGUGAAGGCCUUGAAGCCGCAGACGGAAGGGGGCCUCGGUUAUACGACCAAGUUCUGGGACUGGUGCGAGGAACAAUGGAAGCCCUUCGUCUGAAAACAGGCAAGUUUUUAUUCUCGCUCUAAGGCACCUUACUCUGACAACAUAGGUUGAAGG